AUGGAGAGGGGACUUUCUUCGAUCCAGGCGGUCGUGGAGGACUACGUCUCAAGCGUCGCGCCCAGUUCGUCGGCCUUUGGUUUUUUGACCCUGGUGCCGUGGAGUUCGCAGGAUCAGCCAGCCAACGUGCUGGCCCCCGAGGCAGGCAAGAGAGAGAUUAGCCAGGGCAACAUCACCCAGAUGGUGGAGCAGCACGAGGCCGUGGUGAUCCCGUCCGUGUACAAGACAAACAAGGAGAAGAUGGGCUUGACGCGUCUCUUGGACUAUCUGACGGCCGCGCACCCUGACGCGUACGUUGUCUUGGUGCAGCUGCCAGAUCGGUUGGGUGCCGAGCUGACCAGGGGCUACCUCCGUACCUUGAUGGCGCGGCAGGAUCUGCUCCACAGCUUUGGGGCCAGCGGCGUGCUGAUGGAGCUGGUGGGUGACCCAGAGGGCUUGCAGCAGAAGGUACGUCUGGAGCUUACAGAGAACACCGCGAUCCAGCUGCGUGUGCAAUGCUACGAGAGCACCGUGACAGCGGGAGUGUUUUCCUUCACCGAGCUCCAGACCAUCGAGGACGAACACGAUCGUCUUCUCUGGGAUACCAUUUCGAAGUCGCUAAUGCCCGGUUUCCCUGCUCCAGACAAGCGCUUGCUGGAAUUUGGGGACAGGGUUGGGGAGUUCCGGUUGGUGCAGCAGUACGCAAAUCACGAGCACGUCUUUUUGGCGGUUAACGGGCAGCACGAGAAUGUCGUGAUCAAGACGCGCAAUAAGCGGAGCGUCACCGCUGCCGAGGAGGUGGAGAGCGUCUACCAGGAGUUCAACCUCCUGACACACACCCUCGACCACCCACACAUCAUCCGCUGCGUAAGCAUGCUGCACAGCCAGUCCCAUGUGCACAUGGUGCUCCAGUAUGGCGGCGACUUCUGCAUGGAGCAGGUGCUGUCGAUUCAACCAGGCCGCCAGUUGUCCAGGGACGACGCCGUGGACUGCACCAUCCAGAUCACGCCAAUGAUGUUACUCACGGGCAGGUGUCGCUGA